UGGGAAGACAUGAUGACAAUUAAAAUAGGAAGUAUAUAAUUGUCUGAAUGCGUGUGACGAUGAAGACGACGAGGAGGCCGGACAAUCAUUGCCGGUGAUUUUGGGCAGCGGGCGUCUUUGGCCCAUCAGCCCCUUUAACUUCUCCCAUCUCCCACGUUCAGAAUUCCAAGUCAAACUAGCCUCAUCAGCGACUCUAUUUCUUAGUAUUUCUCUUUUUCUUCUUUCCCUUACCUCAUCGCAGGGAUUCAAUUGAGAUCGCCCAUUUCUAUUAAACAGAUCCAUGGCGUCUUCUGGAGACCCGUGGGUGAAGGAGUACAAUGAAGCGGUCAAACUCGCUGAUGACAUAACUAACAUGAUUUCAGAGAGGAAUUCAUUGCCUGCAACAGGGCCAGAGGCCCAGCGUCAUGCAUCUGCCAUACGAAGGAAAAUCACGAUAUUGUCCACUAGACUUGAGAGCCUACAAUCUCUUCUUUCAAGGCUUCCUGGAAAGCAGCUGACAGAGAAAGAAAUGAAUCGCCGCAAAGAUAUGCUUGCAAAUUUGAGAUCAAAAGUAAACCAGAUGGCCUCCACAUUGAACAUGUCAAACUUUGCCAAUAGGGACAGCUUGCUUGGGCCUGAGAUUAAGCCUGUUGAUGCCAUGACCAGAGCAAAAGGUCUUGACAACUAUGGUGUUGUUGGUCUUCAACGACAAGUCAUGAAAGAGCAAGAUGAGGGCCUGGAGAAGUUGGAGGAGACAGUUAUAAGCACCAAACACAUUGCAUUGGCAGUCAAUGAAGAACUUGAUCUACACACUAGACUAAUUGAUAACCUGGACGAACAUGUGGAUGUCACUGAUUCCCGCUUACAGCGAGUGCAGAAGCGGCUUGCAAUUUUGAACAAAAAAACCAAGGGUGGUUGCUCCUGCAUGUGCCUGCUUUUAUCCGUCAUCGGCAUUGUGGUUCUGGUUGCUGUAAUAUAUCUACUGGUUAAAUAUUUGUAAAACAUAAAAAAAAAAAAAAAGAAUGAAAACGGAAGAUGCAUUUCUUUGCAUUUGUGUGUCUUGGAAAGGUGACUCAAAAAAGUGUGAAUCAACUUUUAAUUUUUCGUUGUAAAACGCAUUUGGAUGUUCCGGUAGUAUUUUUUUUUGUGCGACAA